AUGGGUAAUCAACUGGUAGCGUUGGCACCAUCCCAGAUCUUCCCCGUAGAACAUUAUCUCACGGGAUCGUUCGAGUUUGAGUUGCAAUUUGAAAAAAGCAUGGGUAGUACACGAUUUAUGAAGGUUGCAAAAGUAAAGGUUGACGAAGGACCAGCCGUUGUGAAGGUAUUUGUUCGCCAUGAUCCUUCUCUGCCGCUAGAACAACACCUGGAACGGAUCGAGUACAUCAAGAAGCAUCUAGCAAACGCAGUCAACUGUUUGUCUUUUCAAAAAGUAUUGACCAUGGAAAAAUCGUGCCUUAUCGUACGCCAAUACGUGAAGCAUAGUUUAUAUGACCGAGUCUCGACACGUCCUUUUCUCACACUUAUCGAAAAGAAAUGGAUCACCUUCCAGAUCUUAUGUGCAUUACAUCAAUGUCACAAACAAAAAAUCUGUCACGGCGAUAUUAAGCUGGAAAAUAUUCUCAUCACCUCGUGGAAUUGGGUGCUAUUAUCCGACUUUGCCUCAUUCAAACCAACUUAUUUACCAGAAGACAAUCCGGCAGAUUAUAGCUACUUCUUCGACACUAGCCGGAGGCGAACAUGCUAUAUAGCACCGGAAAGGUUUGUUCGCUCCUCCAGUGGUGAAUCGAUACAACCCAAAGAUGGCCCACUUGUAGGCGACGGUCAAUACUACGCUGGGCACCUAUUGCCUGAAAUGGAUAUAUUUUCAGCAGGAUGUGCCUUAUUAGAGCUGUGGACAGAGGGUACGGCACCAUUCGAAUUUUCUCAGCUGCUGGCCUACCGCCGUGACGAAGUUGAUUUGGUGCACAAGCACUUGGAUGGGAUCGAAAAUGGCAGGCUGCGUGAACUCGUUGAGUCGAUGCUUAGUCUUGAACCGCGUGACCGCAAAUCUGCAGAGCUGUACUUGGAUUAUGAACGCGGCAAAUUAUUUCCCGAAUAUUUCUAUUCCUUCCUGCAAUCGUACCUGCAAAUGUUCUCUACUGUUCCAGUUGUGCCCCCGGAUGAGAAAAUCUCUCGAUUACAUGGUGAUAUCGGACAGAUCAUCAAGAUACUUACGGGCAACGAACAGAAACCGAAUUCUGAGUGCAAUGAGCAGUCGGGUGAUAUAGAUCGAGGCCUAAUCAGCCCAUCUGACGAUGACGGAUUGAUACUAAUCACGAGCGUCGUCACUUCGUGUAUCCGGGGUCUAAGCUUCUGCAAAUCAAAACUUCUCUCGUUGGAGAUCCUGCAAGUCUUAGCGGAAAAUACCACUUCGGAGACCAUCCUUGAUCGUAUUCUUCCGUACAUUCUGCAUUUGGCACAGGACCCUGCGCCACGUGUGCGCGUACGUGCAUUGAACACGCUCACUCGUUGCUUGCGAAUGGUCCGAAAGUUGCCCCGUAGUGAUGCUAAUGUGUUUCCAGAGUACAUUCUUCCCUCCAUUGCGCCACUCGCCACUGAUAGCUCCACAAUCGUUCGAAUGACUUAUGCUCGUAACAUCGCGGCCCUAGCUGACACAGCUGUAAGCUUCCUGGAACAAUCUCAGGAAAGCUGCACUGCUGAAAACAUGUCACCACCGCAUUAUGAGACAGAGCUCAGCGCACUGCACGAAAUGUUGCAUCAGACUGUGUUGUCGUUGCUAACCGAUACCCAGUCGGCCGUUAAGCAGACAUUGAUGACGUCAGGUAUCACGCAGUUGUGUGUCUUUUUUGGACGGCAGAAAGCCAACGACGUCAUACUAUCACACAUGAUCACGUUCCUCAACGAUAAAGAGGAUCGUAACUUACGAGGUGCAUUUUUCGACUGCAUUGUUGGGGUAGCUUCAUAUGUCGGGUGGCAUUGCGCGCCAAUGUUACUGCCGUUACUACAGCAGGGUCUCACAGAUCCGGAAGAGUUUGUAAUUGCGAAAGCGAUUCACGCUACCACAAUGCUAAUCGAACUCGGGCUUAUUCAAAAGCAAGGUACGAAUGAGUUCAUCAGCGAAUGUGCGUGUUACCUGGCUCAUCCAAACCUUUGGAUUAGACAUGAAGUUGUCGAAUUGAUUGCUACAGCUGCUCGCGUCCUCACAUCAAUCGACGUUCAGUGCAAGGUACGACCCUCGAUCGCAGUCCACUUGCGUUUCCCGUUGAUCGAAAUCACAUGCCCUGAGCUGCUGCUCGACUCUCUAUUACCCCCGGUACCACGCAAUAUCUAUGACGCAGUGUUGCGCUUCGGACCCAACAUCACACCACUAAUCGAAGUACUACGUGAGAGAAAAGCGGUACGUAAUCAUCAGCCAACGGCCUUACACCAUGAGGAUCAAAUACCUUCCAACAUACAGCAAUUGCUCAGACGACUGACGACCGAAGGGCUUACUGAACACAUCGAAGAGCAACUACUAGCAAUGAGUGAACACCUGUUAAAGCUCCAUCGAUAUAAGAUAGCUGAAACUCGUAACUCGCAGCAGCAGUCGGGACGCAUAGUGCUUGACCACUAUCCCGACGUGAUGGGCGAAGUGUCGCUCGCUGGCGACUCGACAAAUUCACUGGUGAAAGGUACAGCUUCAAGGCAAAGUGGUGGUGCAGGCGAUGCGGGCACGGUCGUGCCAGCUCCUAUGGUAGCGGCCACUGGUGCCUCUGUUCCGAUAACGGCUAUAGCUGCUCUGCCAGCAACGGCGCAUCACACAACGGCAAGCUCUAGCCUAGUUGAGUACAGUUUACCGGAGCGCACCAGUGGCUACCAGGAACGAUUGUCCGAUUGCCGCAUGGAGAUGGAGGCGUUGGUGACCAAAUUACGCACACGCUAUGCCACUUACCAACGUCAGAGAGAGCUUCGCGAGACGAAUGUCACCACAUCACCUCUUGCGCCCGGUUGGCGACUAACAGGAACAUUAGUCGCUCAUCUGACCGAACAUAAGGCGGCAGUCAGUCGAAUGGCGGCGUUGAAACCCCACACGGGUUCGAUGUUCGCUAGCGCAUCGAGUGAUGGCACCGUUCGCCUGUGGGAUUGCAACAAACUAGAUGGACAACAAUCGGUCAAUCGGUCGCGCCAGUCCUACCACGCAAAUACUCCACUUCACGCAGUGGCUGCUUGUGACGCAGGUCAGUCCCUAGCUGUCGCCGGUAAAGAUGGUACUCUAUUGCUGCUCAAGAUCGAUACCAAUUCCAGUAAGAUGGCACUUCAACAGGCUCGACAUUUCGAAGCAGACUCCCGGUAUUCAACUACGGUUGGCUCGACGUCGGAGAUUGGUCCUGACGAUGGCCCGGUAGUGGAAAUGCAUCCGCUUGAUCAAGGAGCGCAAAGUGUAAUCGUUUAUGCAACGCUGUACGGUGCCCUUGUUGGAUGGGAUAUACGCAUGCCGGAUUAUGCGUGGCGACUGCAAAGCGAUCUGCGCAGUGGUGUUAUUACUACGUUCUGCAUUGACCCCUCCAGUUCAUGGCUAACGGUUGGUACUAGCAGCGGCCGGCAUGUUUGCUGGGACCUUCGAUUCCAGUUGCCUAUCGCCGAAAUCAAACAUCCGCACGAUGCGCGCAUUCGGCGCGUUUCACAUCAUCCGACCGAGUCCUCCUGGCUUAUUUCGGCUUCACAGGGCAACAGCGAGGUGUACGUGUGGAACAUCGAAACCGGCCAUCGGCAGCAAGCAUAUUGGGCCAGCUCAAGUCCACCCCUCUCGAAUAGUAACGUUUCGUCGCAUUCCGUUUGUGCGCUAUUGCCAGGAGUUAUCGAUGGCAAUCCAUUUCUUCUUACCGGUGGAACAGACCAACGUCUGCGUUACUGGGAUCCCGCGCAUAUCGAGAAUUGCGCACUUGUUGUACCAUCCGCUAGGGACUACACUCCAAUCAAUGUCGCAUACGAGUCCAGACUAAUUGACGGAACGAAAGUGAUUUCCGAAAACGCUAGCACUACCGCUUCCGGCGCUAGUGAACGAAGCGGCCGUUCCGACGAUGAUCAUCGAAUGGGCCCAGAAAUGCCAGCUCAUGGUCACAAUGACGUUAUCAGUGAUCUGCUCAUGUGUCGAACAGCAAAGCAAACGUUCGUCGCAUCAAGCAGCCGAGACGGUGUCAUUAAGCUUUGGAAAUGA